GAAGAUAUGGCAUCAAAACGCGACAAUCUUGAAGAAAACCUUCAGAUGCAUCAAGAAAGUUCGAACAGCUUCCCACCAGACUCUUCGAAUGAAGAUCGGAAUGAAGAAGAGGACGGGGAGGGCGCAACGUUGUUGCAGAGAGUCCCGGCUCGAACAAGUCGGCCUAUGAUACAAACGCAGUCCUCUGGAAGCUCGUUUCAAGAUUUUCUCGAUCAGUAUUAUUCGCAAGGAUCUAUUCGUGGAAGUGUUUUCAAUCUCUGCAGUGCGACAUUGGGCGCCGGCGCUCUUUCGGUCCCCAGUGCAUUCAAAAGCAUGGGAAUCGCUCUAGGGCUCUUCCUCCUCUGCGUGUGCGCCUGGACUACAACCUUUUCGAUCAACCUUCUAGUCAUCGCCCGUUCUCGCACUGGCUGCUCCACCUAUGAAGAGAUCACUCGACACCUCUUCGGUCCCCGCUGGGCAUCUUUUGUUGAGUGGAAUAUCAUCGCAAUCUGCUUCGGAACUGGAGUAAUUUGCUGCUUCCCCGAUUCUCCUUCCUGUCUUUGCCCUCUUCCCUCCUUUCCUUCCUUUCUAUCUCCCUGAGUUCACAAAGCUAUCUUUUCCUCGCUGUUCGGCCGCUUCUUUCUGCUCUCCCUCCUCUUUAUCGACCUCGUCGUGUCUUGCCGCUCUCACUGCAAUCAACAGCCUCAUCCGCCUCUGAUAUCACGCUGAUUGUUAUGUAGGUGGCUUACUGCAAGACUCUACACGACUUCGUCACCCCUCUUGUAAUUGUGACCAACAUCAGCAGCUAUGCGCCAUGGAUGACUUCAACCGUUGCCCUCAUCGUUGUGUGGCU